GGGAAAGUGUGUCCGUAGUCGAGCGAUGCGCGCACUGCAUGGCGACGACGUCGACGACGACCACGACGACGGCGACGACUAGCUCGACGACGACCACCACGACAACGGCAGGCCCGGACUAUCCUUAAUGUCAGACGCGAGCCUCCUCUCGGCCUCAGUUUUGUUUACCGUGUCCUCGCGUAAACAGCAGAGAGCCGGCCAAGAAGAUGAUAGUUACGAGGCCCCGUUUCCUACCUGCUAUCGUCAUCCUGAUCCUGAUCGAGGCACCCGACCGUGGUGACAGCAUAUCGUACAACACUGUGAGAGCAUGGGCGCACAAAUUGGGCUUCGAGCUGUCGCAGUUGGGAAAAUACGUGACCAACGUGGAGAAGUUCCACGAGAGUUACAAGCAAGCAGUAGUGAAGCCACGUGAUGGUAACGCCUUGGUCCACGAGAUCGCCAAGGACAUUAACGCUAUGAUGGAGUCGAAGAUAUCGGCUAUCAAGAGAAUCAUGGACGUGGCAGAGACAUCAGCUCAAUCAGCUCCAGACGUGGAUCCUCCGAAAUCCUUCCAAUUCAUCGACGCGAAGAACAACACGAUUGAACUGAAGUUCAGUGCUCAUUUUGGUGGCCAGGUGAACUUGAACAUGUCUGCGGUUCAUGUACCAACGAACGUCUACGAGAGAGCAUCGAACGUAGUCAGGGCAAUCAGAUGGUCCGAAGAGUUGGAUAAGACCUUCAUCUAUAAUUAUGAACAAGAUCCUUCAUUGUCCUGGCAGUAUUUUGGUAGUGCGACAGGGUUCAUGAGACAGUACCCUGCGAUGAAUUGGUUCAUGGAACCGGUUGACCUUUUCGACUGCAGAACCAGGAGUUGGUACAUCGAGGCAGCCUCCAGUCCGAAGGACGUCUUGAUUUUGAUCGAUACAUCUGGUAGCAUGACCGGUAUUCGCAGGGAAAUUGCUCGACACGUGGUGAACAAUAUAUUGGAUACACUUGGGAACAAUGAUUUCGUUAACAUCAUCACGUUCUCCAAUGUUACCAAGGAGGUGGUACCCUGCUUCAACGACACCCUGGUCCAAGCAAACUUGGCUAACGUGAGGGAGCUGAAGCGAGCAAUCGCGAACCUGAACACCGAAAAAAUUGCAAAUUUCUCGUUGGCCUUGACCACCGCCUUCGACCUACUCGAGUCCUAUCGAACCGAUAGGGAGGGUGCCAGAUGCAACCAAGCGAUCAUGCUGAUAACGGACGGAGUUCCGUACAACUACAAAGACAUCUUCGAGACUUAUAAUUGGAAGGACAAUCCCGACGAACCAUUCAAAGCCGACAUGCCUGUUAGAAUGUUCACUUAUUUGAUCGGCAGAGAGGUUGCAGACGUGAAGGAGGUUCAGUGGAUGGCUUGCGCCAAUAGGGGUUACUUUGUACACCUUUGCACUUUGGCAGAAGUCAGAGAAGAGGUACUCAAAUACGUUCCUGUAAUGGCAAGGCCUCUGGUCCUUGGUCGUACCGAUCAUCCAACGAUUUGGACACCUGUAUACGCGGACAUAACCGAUCCAAAGAUGACCGACUGGCUGUGGGAACAGAGGGAGAGCGAGGAGCAGAAAGAAAGGUUCCUGAGGCUUCACAGAAGGAAGAAAUUGUUCAACACGGAAGAACGGGACCGUAGGUUCGUGAAGAAACAGAAGAGAUCGUACGAACAGGGGGCCGAUUUACAGGAAUACAAACUGAUGACCUCGGUCAGCAUGCCGGUGUUCGACAGACGGGAGAACGCGAACAUCACAAGGCAGGUGCUGGUGAACGAAGCGUACUGGGUGACAGAGACAAGAGAGACGAGGAUCGCCGAUCUCCUCGGUGUUGCCGGUACGGAUGUUCCUAUUGAAGAGAUACAGAAGCUGAUGAUGCCACAUUUGCUCGGUGUCAACGGGUAUGCGUUCAUUGUGACCAACAAUGGUUUCAUCCUGAUUCAUCCAGACCUCCGGCCAGUGUUCCAGGGUAUCUUGAAGCCAGCGUACAACAGCGUCGACAUGGCGGAGGUGGAACUGAUGGACCAGGAUAGAGGUCCAAGAGAAUUCGAUGAAGGAAUCAUUAUGCUGCGAAACGAUGUGGUGAAUCAAGCAAAUGGUAGCGUUACGCUGCACACGAAAUAUCAUUACGACGAUAUGAAACGCGUGGGCAGAGUAAAAAGGAAGUACGAUUACACGGGCAUACCAAACACGCCUUUCACGGUGGUGGUCAGUCUGCCGGAACACAACCACACCGGAAGUUACCGUGUGCACGCCACCGAGGAGAUCCAUCGUGCCCACGUUAGUGGCAAGAACGUUUCAGAUUAUUUCACUGGUACCAACUGGCUGGUGCAUCCCCAUUGGUUGUACUGCAAGUACCACUAUGAGGAUGAACGAUCGUUCAAUUCCUCGGAGGCACGGCUGUUACAUUUCCUGGAACGUACACGUCAACCUCGCUGGAAAUGGAACGACAUGAAACAACCAUCCCAACCGCCAGAGUACUCAGCCACUAGUUCCGGCAACGAUACUCAUCGUAAAUCAAAGCCUCCACCGUACAAAGCGGACAAAGAUUCUUACUACUGCGACAGGGAUCUUCUGUUAAGUCUGGUGUUCGACGCAAAGGUAACCGAGUGGUUUGCGAACCCCAGCACUACGCGCGAAGAAAAAGCACCUUUAGCUAGGCUGAUGAAUCUGCUGCCCAGGAAAGAGUUCCAACAACGUUUCGGCGUGACACUCGCGUUCAUGGCCACCCACAGCGGCCUGACAAGAUGGCAAGACUUCCUCCUGGAUGAAGAGGACACCAUGCCCGACGAUCACUUCAGCAAAAUGUAUCCAAGAGCCAUCGACGAGGUAUGGUACAAACGUGCCGUGGAACAGCAUUACGUUGAACCAGAGAGCUUUGUAUUCUCCGUGCCAAUCGACGAAGAGGGUGCUGAUAACACCACUUUGGUCACUGCCAGUCGUGCCAUUUUUAUCGAAACAAGGAAAGCAAAGGCGCCAGCAGCAGUCGUAGGCUUCCAGUUCCAGCAUACAGCUCUUCAGGGACUAUUUCAGAAUAUAACAUUUAGCUGUGAAGGACUUGGAAAUUGUCAUACACAUUGUGGAGCAGAUAACUGGGCCUGCUAUUUGAUUGACAAUAAUGGAUACAUAGUCGCAGCUGAAGACGAAUCAGAUGCUGGGAAAUUCUUCGGUGAACUUAGAGGACCCGUUAUGUCCAGCCUCGUUAAGGAAGGCGUCUUCGAGAAAAUUAGGAUAUUUGAUUAUCAAGCUGUCUGUUUCAAGAGCACGCAGACCAGUAACGAUGGCAAUAUCUUGCUCACUCCAUGGAAGAACGCGCAGAAGAUGAUGUCGUGGAUGGUCAGCCAAGCAGUCUGGGCUUGGGCCAAAGCUGGUAUUUGGGAAUCCGAGUACGCGGAGGCGUAUGCUUAUCCGAACGAGGAAGAAGGCAUGCACGAAGAUUAUCAAGAGAACGAGGAGAAACCUCCAGUCGAUGCAAAGGAUGAAAAACUGUUCGAUCAGAAGGUCUUGAUUAAUCGGACACGACCAGAAGCCUGCGAUCAAGAAGUGUAUCUGUACCUGCGAAACGCAUCCUUCAACUCGUACGACAUUGAAUCCGACGUGAACGAGAAUUGUAUGAGGCCGUACAUCGUUCAACCGGUCGAACUGAGCAACAUGCUUCUAUUGGUCGUUAACACCGACUGCAAAGACACCGUGUCACCUCCUCUGAGCGUCAUCCCGGAAGAAGUAAUUUACGAGAACAACUCGCUGGUAUGCCAAAAAGCACUGACCACCCUGAAGAGAAGGAGACCUCAGUCGUGUAUUCGUAGCCAUCCAAGGGAAAGCGAGAUCAAAGAUCUCUGCGGUUUCGCUCCAAACGUAGCACCAAACGUUUACCUCCUCCUCGUUCUGUUAACGACAUGUACUAUUGCUAGACGAAUCAUCGGUUUCCAAUGAAAUGUCGAUUCUUCUGGCUCAAUGUGAACGUCGAAGAACAGACGAGGAGAUGAAAGUUCAAUUUACCAAAAAGAAUGCAUUUCUUUUGCCAAUUAAAGCUGCUAAGGAGGAAAAGUACAAGUUGAGAAUGAUUGUUUGCGGGGUAAUCAAUGUUUCUCUUGUUUUCAUAGUUAUUGCAAAUUCGCAAUGUUGUAAUGUUCAUAGAGAAGGAUUAUCAGAGUCCUGAUCUCUGUUGACGCCUUGAUGAUGGUGCAGGCAGGCUCUGCAGGUCGUGAUACAAGGAUCAAGUUGUUUUUGUUUAGAACUAUUGUUAGAACUUCGAAUCAGAUUAUGUCUGGGUACUUUGUCGUCCUUGAAUGCAUGACUCUUAAGAUGAAAAAGGAAGUCCGUGAAUCGAUGCUGAAGUAGUCCUAAAACAACCUUACUGCCUGAAACACUACACGGUGUCCACUCUGUAUGCGUCUCUGCUCUAUUCUUCUUUAUCUUUAUCUAUGUACGACUAUUGUUAUUCUAUAUAUCGUUUAUAUUACUUUACUCUGUGCAAAAUUCAGAUAAUCAAAAUUUUAUAGAACAAGGAGAAAAACAAACUGUUAACAUAAAGCGUUCAAAUACUGUUACUUGCUCUAUGAAUCGCGGGUCGACCAAUCUACGCGUAGGACGAAGAUUUCAGUGGCCAGAAUACAUAAAACGUGUUUAAGAUCUAGGUUUGAAGAACGCAGCGCAAACGAGGAAGUUGUUUCGUUUGUAGGUGGAGAACGCACCUACAUUUCGUGGGAUAAUUGAUAAAUGGAAGUAACAGGGCAAUGAUAAAAUCGCGUUACGUCGAGAACUCAAUUCGACGUGGUCGCUGGUGUAAGUUUUUAGAACGAUAAAGUAGUUAGGAUCUUAUAAAAGAGCAUAUUAAAGAACAGGGACGUAUACGAAUGGCGUACCGUCACCGAUACUAUUGAACACAUUCACAUUAUGCGCUUUGUACAUUAACCGAUGUAAAACGUGUCGUUUGAUAUUUAUAGAAGAUUACGGAUAUUAAUUUUGUAUAUUAAUGUACUAUAAUAACGAGAGUUACAAGGAUGUGUGCCUUUGGACACGCGGUUAAAACAAAAUAAUAAGGUAUUGUUGUAUGUUUUUCAAAUAAACAAGUAAACUCUCUACUCGGUUAGCUCUCUGCUUCCUUCAGCGAAACAGAAAGAACUUACAUCGUGGCGAGUUGAAAUUCGAAAAACGAAUAAUGUUAAUUGUAUAUUACAUAAAGUUUAUUACAAUUUCCUAUGUACAACGGCUUGCCUAUGUAAAUGAAAAAUCGUUUCUUAUCAAAAAAUGGCAAAUGUUGAAAGAAUCAAUGUUACUUCAAUUGA